GUUAUCGAAAUCGAUUUCCUUGUUCGUGAGUGUAACAAAAAAAAAUAUUUCUCGAAUUUUUUUUUAUAUAGUAGCUGGGAUCCUAAAAUAACAAAAAAGUUGCUAAAUUUUUUGCUGUGAGAAACGACCAUGACUGCACCACGUCGUUUACGUAAAGAGCUAACAGACUUGCAGCAAUGUCAAUUGAAAUCCUUUCGUGAAAUUAACACCGAUGAUGAUAACCUCUUGCGAUGGACCGGUCUGAUUGUGCCCGACAAUCCACCCUAUAACAAGGGAGCCUUUCGCAUCGAGAUCAACUUUCCGGCAGAAUAUCCUUUCAAGCCGCCAAAGAUCAAUUUCAAAACAAAAAUCUAUCAUCCCAACAUCGAUGAGAAGGGUCAAGUAUGCCUGCCUAUCAUUAGCACGGAGAACUGGAAACCUGCCACACGCACGGAUCAAGUCAUACAGGCUUUGAUAGCACUUAUAAACGAUCCAGAGCCAGAGCAUCCAUUGCGUUCCGAUUUGGCGGAGGAGUUUCUGAGGGAUCGGAAAAAGUUCAUGAAGAAUGCUGAAGACUUUACCCGCAAGAACAGUGAGAAGAGGCCAGCAGAUUAGUAUGUUGAACCUGAAUCAAAGUGACAAAAAAGAAAUGAAACAACAGAAACAAACAAACAAUUGAAGAAAAAAAAAAACUUAGAAUAAAAGACUUUAUAAAUGCAAAUAACAAACAACACAACCAACAUAUUUGCAAGUAAAAUGUAAGCUAGCUUUGUCCUUGGAUGUUGUUCUUAUGUGUGUUAUUACUUCUACCCUCCCUCAGCAGUUUUAUCAAUCAAUAUUGAACACGAGCAUGAGAAAAGACAGACCAACACACAUUGAAUAUAGCGUAGACUACUUUCCUUUGUAUUCUCCUUCUUAGCCUCCAAAAUCCUACUACCACUCAUAAGCCUCGUAAGGUUUCUCCUCCUAAUUUAGCCCCUCGAAAAAAUACAACUACUAUGUAUCAUUAUUUUAUUAUAUUAUUGUAUAUUGUUUAACAAAAUUAAAUUUUCAAGAAACAAAAAAACCAAAUUGUAUUAAAACUAAUACAGUUCCACAAACAAACAAAAAGUAAUGAAACAAACUAAAAUAUAAAAAUUUUAAUAAAACCAAAAUUUGUGAUCAAAA